GGCGCAGUGGGCUAUUUCACCCUUUGCGCUCUCUCAGCCCGGGACGGGGGCUGAGGGCCAGUGGGGCAUCGCGGCCUGGGCAUCCGCUGAAAUCCCAAAAUGGCCACAGAGGGGAGAAGUCCAGAGCCUUUCAGUCCACCCCAAGUGGCAGACAAGAGUCUGAAGGAGCAGAGCCCUGGCCCUGGCUCUGGCUCUGGCUCUGGCCCCGGCUCCAGCCCUCUCAGAAGGAAGGAGGCUGAACUUCUCCGUGAGAAGCUAGACCUAAUGGUCCCACCCCCAUCGGCCCCCCGCCCCCCACCAUCUCAGAGCGCCUCCCGCUUCGGCCGCCUCAGCCACCACUCCUUCUUCUCCCGCCACAACCCGCACCCACACAGGGUGACCCACAUCCAAGGCCUGAGCGGUCACCCUAUCUGCGUGGUGAAAGACGACUGGUUGGACCCGGCCUCACCACUCCCCAGACUCCCCAGCCAGCUCAUGCCCAGCCUGAUGGGGGUCCCUGAGAUCCAGAGGCCCAUUGGCGACCCGCGCUCCAACCUGGAGCCCUGGCUCCCCACCGGCUCUCUGUCUGAGGCAUGGCGAGAGGCCCUGAGGGAGCUGGCCAUCAAAGUGGCCUCCUUUGUGCCCAAGGAAGCAGUGAAAGAGGAAGAGGAGGAGGAGGAGGAGAGAGAAGAGCGCCGCAGGAUGGCUCAGUAUUCAGCUGAUACCGGGCGGCUCAUCCCGGCUUCCUCCCGGGCCAUCACCAGCCGAGCACGCCGCCUCAGCCGCCGCCCCCAUAACAGAAAUAAAAACCAGGGCCCUGCCAUGCUCUUCCAAGACCAAGAGCUGCUGAUCCUGGAGCUACUUUGUCAGAUCCUGCGGACAGACUCCUUGAAGGCGAUCCAGUACUGGCUCCUCUCAGCCGGACCGAGGGAGAAAGACCUGGUCCUGGAGCUGCUCCAUUCAGCAGUCGCUCACCUCCUGCCCAGACCCCAGGCCCCAGGGCCGGAGGCCAAGGAGCGACUCCUCACUCAGAUCUCCCAGCAAGUCGUGGGCCUCGCCUCCCGGGGCCACACCCUUGGGCACUGCAGGCAGGCCAGCCUCUACGCACAGAUACCCAAGCAGGCGCCUCCACCAGCUGAUGAGAAACCAGACCACAUUGGCCAGGCCGAGAUCCUCCAGUUUCAUUCUACCCAAGAGGAGAGCAAGAAGCUACCAUCACAUUGAGCAAUCUCCGCAACUCUGGCUUUGCACAGGAGCAUCAUCUGGCUCCAGGGUUUAAGUUCUUCAUGGCACCUCAUAGAACCCUCUUUAUGACAAUGUGCUGAACCAACCUGCUUUGUCCAUCUGUCUCUAUCUCUCUUUAUCUGUCUUCCUUUCUAUCUGUCUCUCUCCCCCUCCCACCUCUGGUGCCCCAAUUCCCCCCAACUCCCUUCACCUCCUCCAACUGCUGCCUGGGCCCUGUAAACCACAGAAGCUCAAGGAAACAGGUGACUUUAGAUGCCAGGAGGGAGCAGGAUAGACUUUAGAGUUCUAUUCAUCCCAUUCUCCUUCUGUAGCACCCCUGGUUUUUGCCAUCAUAAAGCCAUUCCAAGAUGC